GGUUAGAACUUAACUUUGAUUUCAGAACCAGUUCUUAAGACUCUAUAUAGAUAUCAAUUAUGAAUACUUUAAUCAGAGAAUCAGAACUUGCUUCAGUAAAGGUGCAUUUACCUAAGGGAUUUCAAAAGAGAUCUGUGUCUAAUCUGGAAAUUCACACAAAAAGAGAUAAAUUACAUACCAUGAGGCCAAUCCUGAAUACUUCAAAGAAGAACAAGAAAGUUAAAGAGAUUAUUUUGUCCAAUUGUAACCCUCUGCUACUAAACAGGAGCAAGAGAACAAAGGGUACUAGUGUAAUGGAACACCUCCAAAACAAUUUCAUCUUGCCAAAUAUCAUGAAUAAGAAUGAAAAUGAGUUACUAAGAGUUCAAAAAAUGAAAAUAAAGAUUCAGAAGAAGGUUCGGUUUGAAGACUUGGAUGAUGAAAAGUUUGGAAGUACUCAGAAGAUCACUCUCAAAUAUCCGCAAUCGACAAAACACUAUCGAAAGAGUGCUAUUUUGAGCUCUAGCAAAAGCUGUCAUUUUAUGAAUGGUAAAAGAAUCAUAGACCAGUUCAAGUCAGGAGCAAUUAAAACUAGUAAACUUCCUUAUAAAAUGUUGUCUCAGGAGCGUUGAUUCUGGCCAUCCACUCCAGGAAUCCACAAGCUUAAAAGCUUGCAGGUCUCAAGAGCCAAUUAGAAGUUUUAAAAGAGACGCUUAAUUUGUUUGCUAAUAAGUUUCAAGUGAAAACCCUUAUCAGG